AUGGGGGGUAACUGUAAAGGGGUUAUUUCUUUAACCACGUGUUUGAGAAUAAUCGCGCUGAUGUUUGCUCCCGGCCAAUGGGAGGCAGCCAAGCCGCAUGGGGCGGGAGAGGAAGGAAAAGUGGUGGGCAAGAACUUAAGCUGCGACGACGAGCAUCCAGCAGCAGCAGCAGCAGCAUCGCCCAGAUUAAGCGACAAGAGUUUGCGCGAGCAGCUCAAGCAGGCGAUCGAUGGGCUCCUCCUCCGCGACUCUGGAAAGAACGCGAUCGAUGUGGGAAGAUUUGGAUCUCUCCUCCGGCGGUGCGCCAGCGCCAAGGCACUGGGAGAGGGUCGCCGGCUCCACGAACGGAUCGCGCUCGCCGGCUACGACCGCGAUACGUAUCUGGGAAACAACCUCGUCCAGAUGUACGGAAAGUGUGGGAGACUCGGCGACGCCAUCGCCGCGUUCGAGCGCAUCGAGACACCCAACAUCUACUCGCUCAACACGAUGAUCUCCGCAUUUGCCCAGAAUGGGCAUUUGCAGAAGGCACAUACGCUGUUCAGGAAGAUGCCUCUUUGGGACGCCAUUUCCUGGACGGCGAUUUUGAAUGGGCUUAUGCAAGAGGCGCUGGAGCUGUUUCGAGAGAUGGAUUUCCAGGGAGUUGAGCCGGACAAGGUAUCAUAUCUGAGUGUGAUCCAAGCUCUAGAUGCGCCUGCGGGAAUUGCAGUAGCGAAGAUCAUCCACUCCACGAUCGUCGCUUCCGGGGAAGACUACAAUUGCGACGUCGUGCUGGGGACCGCGCUCGUAGACAUGUAUGGGAAGUGUGGAAGUGCCCAAGAAGCGUUUCAAGUCUUUCAGGAGAUGCCCGAGAAGAAUGUAGUGACGUGGACGGCGAUGGUUGCUGCGUAUGCCCAGAACGGGCAUCUUGCAGAUGCUGAGGCCGUGUUCCAAGACAUGCCCGUAAAGAACACUGUGUCGUGGAAUGCGAUGGUCACGGCUUACACGCAGAACAGGCGCCUCUCCAAAGCCAGGGAGAUGUUCGAUGCCAUGAUCACGCGGGAUCUCAACUCGUGGAACAUCAUGAUCGCGAUGUACGCUUCUUCGAGCUCUGGCGAGGGUGGCCAUGUCGAAUCGCUCAAACUCUUCAAGAGAAUGGUGGUGGAGGGCUUCCAUCCCGAUAAGUUCAGCUACGUGGGCGUGCUGGACGCCUGUGCGAGCAUUCCUUCGAUCGUGGAGGGACGGAUGAUCCACGCCGCGGUUGUGGAGGCCGGAUUGGAUCGGGACAUCGUUGUCGGGAACGCUCUCAUGAAUCUCUAUGCGAAGUGUGGGAACCUGGAGGAAUCGCGAGCGGUGUUCGAGCAAAUCCCGGCUCCAAACCACCUCGUCGCUUGGAACACGAUGAUGGCUUCGUACUCCAAAAACGGCUGCUUCUGGGAGGCGCUGGAGCUGUUUGUAGCGAUGGUCUUGCGAGGUGUUGAUCCGGACGAGAUCACGUUCGUGAGCGUCAUCUUCUCUUGCAGCCAUGGGGGGCGAUACGAAGAUGGCUGCUCCUUCUUCGUGUCCAUGCAGCUAGACUUCGGGAUCCAGCCGGUUCGUGACCAUUUUAUGUGCAUGAUCGAUCUGCUUGCUCGAGCUGGCCAGCUGAGAGACGCCGAGGAAUUGAUCCAAGGCAUGCCGGUAGAGGCUGAUGAUGUCGCAAUGAGAACGCUGCUGGGUGCUUACAAGACACAUGGAGAUAGCCACCGGGCCAAGGAGCAGCUUGAUCAAAUUGAUUUCACGGAACAACUAAACAGUCUUGUAGAAACCAUUAAUUAG